CAGUAUGUGUGUCACAAUUCUGCUUUAAGGUCAUGAACAUCCACUGUGUUCCACACAACAUCAGGAUAAUUUUACUCAAUCACAUUUAUAAUUGAAAAUGUGCCUGUAUGUACUGUACUACUGUGUGUAUUAUUUUGUGUGUAGAAUAGUAAAGAUUGCAGUGUAAAUGCUACUUCCAUUGAAGCUGAAGUGUACUGUAAUUGCAGCUUAAGGCACUGCUUUUGUUGUAAGUUUGAAUCGAAAUUUAUCUCAGGUGUGAUCUAUGCCUGUGUGAAGUAUAUCUGGGCAGCCCGCAGUGGGAUGGGUUCUGCUUAAUGAGUCUGUCAGACAUGUGGCAGAGCCAUCAAGCUCAUUACCCUUGUAAGAGGGAGCGAAUCGCCUUGGCAGAUUUGAAUUUGUUUGAGUAAACAGACAUGUUUGGCUACACCUUAGCAAAGCACAGAGGAGUUCAAAUCAACAGCUGCUGGGAGCUGCUGAGCUGCUGAGCUGCUUUUGAAGUCUGCCCAGGUAUGGGCAAGACAAACAGUGACAGAGGAAUGGGACUUUUCACAAGCCUCCAUUUUCCAAGUCAUCCUGUUUUUUGUUUGCCGACGUAAAUACUGUAAGUAGCUGUUUGUGCUGUUGACUGGUUAUCCCAGUAUUUUUUUCUAUUUUUCCAGGGUUUGCUGUGCCAUGCAUUUAUUAUAUCUGUUUUGUGUGUUUUGCUAUCCCUUUGUGUACUGUACCAUGCUUGUCCUUGGAUUGCACUCCGCAUGAGUACACUCCCCUCUGCUUUUACCUUGCUUUACCACAGUAAACAUUUCUUGGGACAGUCCCCUUGACUUCUGUCCUCAAUGGAGGAGCUGGGUUUUCUUCUGGAUUGAGUAAAAUAUCCCACCCAUGCGCGUGUGUUGGUCACUGUUCUGCAGGGCUGUGGGACACUUAUUAUGGUUCCAGACAAUGCAUAAAAAGUCAAUUAAACUGGAGUAUUGUUACAGGUUUUAUAAAAGAAAAAAAGUGACAAAUACACACUUUUCACUUUUUCAACUUUAAAUAAUGUAAUUUAAAAUACCUGCUUGCUACUGAGAAUAAUGCUCUGGUAGUUUUGCAAAUGAGUAACGCCAUUGUGCGCCUGAGCAUUGAGCUGACAUUAGGAGUUCUUUUUUCUCUUGACCAAUACAGGAUACGUGAUUUACUGUAGGUUCCUCGUUUUGUCUGGCUUCAUGUUACUGGAUGACUUCCCCUUGUGUGUGCCCUCCCUAAAGGUAUAGAAUCCCUUUGAAAUGUCUCACAUGCCACAGCUCUGGAGCUGGAGUUCACAACACAAAGAAUUUACUCUGAAACUAAACUCUGCUUAACCUGCUACUUGAAAUUCAACACUUGUGUUGUUGUAAACAGGCAGGUCGAAAAUCAUUUUCUUCAGUGCUGCAAAAUACCACAAUAUCCUGGUCUUAAACUCACAUAAUUCCAUGAGUAUUCCGUAAGGACCUUCCCUUCACAGAGAUGUAGAGCACCGUGUGUUGAAGGCACCAGGAGCACUUUCAGCGAUUUCAGAUAAAAAGCGACCCGCACCUGUGACCCCGCCUCCCCCACCGCCCUGCCCCGCCCCGCCAUGGCGUCGCGAAUCGGGCUGCGCCUGCAGCUGAUGAGGGACCAGCUGCAGCAGGAGGAGCAGCGGGAGAAGCAGCAGCAGCAGGCCGCCGCCAUGCACUACAUGCAGCACCGCAUGCCCCUGCCGUCCACGCCCGCCAUCAACGCGCCCAUGAACUUCCCGGCCCCCAUGCAGGUCCCCGUGGAGGUGCUCAAGGUGCAGACACAUCUGGAAAACCCCACCAAGUACCACAUCCAGCAAUCCCAGCGGCAGCAGGUGAAACAGUACCUGUCCACCACCUAUGCUACCAAGCAGGCAGUGAGCGCAGUGACAGGGGCUCCGAACUUACCCCCCACACCUGGGGCCCCCGCUCAGCUCAUCACCCCCUCCACAGGAAACAGUGCCCCCAACAGCCCCAUGGCCAUGCUGAACAUCAGCGCCAGCCAUGAGAAAGAGGUACCUGUUGCUCACUUUGGGCUGGAUGAAGUCAUCGAUGACAUCAUCAGCAUGGAGUCCAGCUAUAAUGAUGACAUACAAGCCUACACUGACCCUGUGAUUCAGAUGCCAAACACACUGCCCCUGUCCAGUAGCCAUUUAGAAGGAUACUCUGGCCCAGGUAUUGCUGGGCCAGCUAUUGCCAUGACCAGCAACUCCUGCCCAGCCAACCUGACCAUCAAAAGGGAAAUGUCAGAUGCAGAGGUCCAUGCUCUGGCCAAGGAGAGGCAGAAGAAAGACAAUCACAACCUGAUUGAGAGAAGACGCAGAUUUAAUAUCAAUGAUAGGAUCAAGGAGUUGGGCACCAUGAUUCCCAAGACCAACGACCUGGACAUUCGCUGGAACAAGGGAACCAUCCUCAAAGCCUCGGUGGAGUACAUCAAGAAGAUGCAGAAGGAUGUGCAGAGGUCACGGGAGGUGGAAAACAACUUCAGGAGGAUGGAGAUGGCCAACAAGCAGCUCCUGCUGCGCAUCCAGGAGCUGGAGAUGCAAGCGAAAAUUCACGGGCUCCCCUGCAGCUCCCCGUCGGGGAUGGGCAACACGGAGAUGCUGAGCUCCUUCGUGAGGCUGGAGAGCAGCCCAGAGGAGAAGGCCUCGGCCGAGCCCCUGCGCCAGCCAGCGCAGCUGCCGCAGCCGCCGCAGUUCUCGCACCACCAGCAUGCGCAUCACCAGCAGGCGCAGCCGCAGCCGCCGCAGCUGCCGCAGCCGCCGCAGCCGCCGCAGCAGCCCAUACAGUACGGGUCAGUGGGGAGCUCCCAGCAGCUGGACUUUGCACAGACACUGGACUUGUGUGACAAUGCGGCUGGCUAUCAGGACCCGCUGUCCCAGCUCACCGACCUCUCCUUCACCUCCCCCUCCAGCAGGAAGGGGCUGGGCUUCAUGGAUGAAAUACUCUCCCCUCUCGGAGGGGACCCCCUGCUCUCCGCCAUGUCCCCCGAAGCCUCGGUCGACAGCAGCCGGCGCAGCAGCUUCAGCAUGGAGGACACAGAAAUGCUGUGACCCCCACCCCUCCCCCUCGCUGUCACCUGCCCUCACCCCCGCCUGCCCCGGUCCCCUCCCUCAAGCCCUCUCACACUCAACACACUCACACACAUCGUGCUCAUGGCCGCGCGGCCACCCGGCGCCGACACGCCGCUGCGCCGUUCUGGAAACGAUGUCGGGGGAGUGGGGGGAGUUGAGUCCGGCCGGCUUGCAGGAACCGAUCCGCGUUCCUUUCGAGACAGGAAGCGGGUCCCCGUUGCACAUCGGUCGGGCUCUGUCCCCCGUUUCUUUCCUUUUUUCUCUGCGCCGAAACACUGGCCAGUCUCGGUUUCCUCUGCAGGACGGUAGCACCUUUCUGCACUGCCAAGAAGCAGGAGGAUCUUAGAGCAGCCCAAGGAACCCUGCUUAAGCAGAGGCAGUGCCAAGCCCUGAAAUCCUUUCCUUGCGAGACAGCUAGGCAGAGCUCCACAGCGGAGCUUGAACAAGCUGAGGCCAAGUCAGUAUUGUACGUUUGCAAAACUCAACGGGCAGUCCUCAGGAAGUGGCUUGGGGAAAAUAGGGUUUUUUCUUGCGGAAAAACUUGUUGUGCAAAUUGCUACAAGAUUUUGAGAUUUCUCGGUGGUGAACGCACCAGGGCAAAACAUCUAGGUAGGCCGCUUUAGCGUGGCAAACCCCGCUAAAAACUCUCGGGAUUGCAGAGACAGGCGUUCAACGUUACGAAAGGGAUCGGUCUUCUUAGGACUAACCUGCAGCAGCACCGUGCAGGAAACCUGCUGUUCUGGGGGCUGCUGUGGGCUGGCUGCUCUUAUGCUGCAGACGUCGGAGGGCAGCGUCUGAGCAGCGCAAACCUACUGCACAUCACACCCACCUGGCAGUGAGUGAGUGGAGCUGUGACCCCUGUAGUUGUUUUAUAUUUGAACUUGAGAAAAAUGAAAAGUGAUUUCUUCUGUUGUUGUUGCUGUUGUUCUUAUUGUUGUUUUAUAUAAAGUUGUUCUCCUCCCAAAGCACUGAAAACCUAUUUUAUUUUGUGGACUUUAUACAAGAAUGUGUUUUUUUUUAAUUAGACUUUUUGGUAAAGUGUUUUUAAUUCAAAAAGAAGAAAACUGUGGACUUCUGAGUGCCGUUAUGCCACUCAGGUAUAUUUUAUAUUAUCUUAUCUGAUCCCAAAGCGACCUUUUUGCCUUGUAAUGUCAUUUGAAAAUAUUUCUGCCUGUCUGUCUAAUAUCUGGGGGGGUGGUGGAGCCGAGUUCUUUUGUCAGUUCAGGAAUGUUGUCCUCAUCUGAUUUAAGAAAAUUAAAACUGUAUUCUUUUUACUGUUACUAUUGCAAUUUUAUAAUGGUUGAUUUUUUUAAGGAAAUAUUGAUAUUUAAAUGAUAAUUAGAUUAAAGGCGAUUCUUUUACCUUACUCUAUUUUAAUGAGCUUUGUGAAUUUCAGCUAAUGCAAACGAAAAGCGAGAUGAUUGUCUAUGUGAAGCACACAGGGAGUACUUCAUUGUUGUACAGCUGGGUGCUGAGGAUUGGGGAGACGUGUGCUGAAUUUAGUAGAUUCCCCAGAAAGAGUUCCUAGUGCAAGGUUGUGGAAAAGUAUAGAAGCAGGAUGAAAGAAUGCAGAAUGUAAGUCAUCCGGUUGAAAAAAAAAAGACUUUUUUCAACAUGCCUUGUCUUGUACAGAGUGGAUUUUAUUUGCCAGCGGUCUUGCCUUCCCAGAUGAGGAUCUGGUGUUGCCGUUUCCCCAUAAUUAGUUUGCGAUUCUACUUGAAAUCGGGCACCCUGUCUUGUAUGGGAUGUCCGAUCGUUUGCUCUUGAAAGCCUUAAGCUCUCACAAACAGUUGUGUCACAGAUAUCAACCUAAGAAAAGUCUCUCAGCCUGUGUGUGAAGAAGCUCAGAAGAAACAAGAAAGUGAGGUUAGGCUCUGAUUCCUGCCUGGGAGCUGUUCUCCCUUUGCGACAAGCUCAAGGAGAAGCAGGGCUGGCGUAGAAGGAACGGCUUCUCGUUUUCUUUUCACGAGCUUUUGGAAUCUUGCUGCUGUGUGAAUUUGUAUUGGCAUUUGUCCUGGUGCAGGAGGCGCCGCGCUUGGGUCUAGAUACUGCUUCGCUGGCGACGCAUAAACCACGAGCGCAUCGGUUUGAACGUGACUGUGCUUCUUGUAAACGGGCGCAGUCCCUUCCUGGUGAGGCGCUGGUCCAGCUGUCCCGUUCAGAGGCAGCAGGUUCCGGGACAGGCUGGGCCCCAGCGAGCUGCGUCGCUCCUCCGGCUGACUCGGUCUCUCCCGGCGGAGCUCUGGAGCCCCCGGUGUGAGUCCUGGCGGCCGGAGUGCAGGUUUCAGUGGAGAGAGUGCCUGGGCUUCCAUUCCACGCUGCCCCUCCCAUGUUUCAUACAGUAGCAGCAACCACAGGCUGAUAUAUAUAUAUAUUACUGAUUUCAAAACUGGUUGCUAUGUUAAAGAAAACUCAGUUCUGGGUUAAUGGGGAGAGGAAUGUGCUUGAGCUGUUGUUCAUACCAUAUCUUGAGCUGUUUUCCUUUCUGUGUCUCUAUUAUUCACUCAAAGGGUCACUCCUACAACAAUGUUCUUUAUAACAUACAGCCCUGUGAAUUACUCCAGAACCUUGUGAAAAAAAAAUCUCAGGUAGCUACUGUGAUUGUGAUUAGUUGUGACACCAGUGUUCCACAAGGGGGCGCCAUUUCCCCCUACAUGAAAAGCAACUCAUGUGUGACGACGUGUGGAGGAGACACAUGAAUACAUCCCAGCGUUUCAUUAACUUGUGUUUCUGUGUAGGUGCCGUGAUUAUGAUUAAGAUAAAUAUGCGAGCUGCUUGUUGCCAAUGAUGCUGUAAUAUAGCUUUAUUCACUUUAUUCUGGCGUUGAUCGGUCUGCACUCUGGCUGCUGGAAUCUUGUAAUCUGUUCAAAUUAAAACAUUGCACUGCCUUUUGUGGAAAGAAAAUCUAUUUUGAACCAACAGUACUGCACUCCCAUGACCACAGCGUUUACCAAAAUCACACCAACUGACAUUUUAAAGAUGUUUUUAAAAAUGAAUCAAAAAAAUACUUUUAAUGAAAAUGUCAGCUCUGGCUCAUCUUUAUUUCAUUAGCUGCAUUCCGAGAACCGUCCUGUCUGAAUUGUUUCUCUGCAAAGGAAUAGGUCAUAGUUAAAGGAAUCUUAAUGCAUGCAGUGUGGAUUCAGUUUUGUAUCUUUUUAUGUGAGGUUUGCCCCAUAUAGGCUGACAGGCUCUCAGCUUGUUUGUCCUCAAGCCUGUCAAGGGAAUGAAUUGGUCUGGGAUCGACUUGACUGGGCCACAAGGUCAGUCAUGGUGCGUAACCUGCGAGGCCAACCCAGACACUGCGGACAGUGACCCCUACAGAUCAAACCCGGUGCUGGGCUCUGUAGUGGGGUUUUCUCCUGCCUUUAUCUCCCUUUUGCUAAAUUUUCCCCCAUUUUACUGGCAUUUUAAGUAAUGGUGUUGGUAAAUUGAAGGUCCCUGCAAAAACUCGGGGUGCAUUUCAAAGCUUGGGGGUGGAGGAGGGGGUGGGUCGAAUGUAGACUGUGGGGAUUCUCUUCCGCUACACGAGUGGGCGCCCCCCCUCUCCAGUGAUUCCCCUGCCUGUUCAAAGUGCACCAUGCAAAUGCAGAAAGAGCAGAAAUACCAGAUGCUUCUCAGUCACCAUUUCUGAUUGUCACACACAUCACCCCAUAACUUAUUUGGGGUCAUUCA